ACGCCUCACUUCUCCACCAGAAAUAUAGAAAACAGAAACCCUAGCUAGAAAACCCUUACCUCUCAUCUCUAAAGUCCAAUCCAUUCGCUUUUGUCGUUCCUCCUUCGCAACUCGAACCAGUAAUAUAUCAAAUGGCGAAGAAGAAGGCCUCGAAGCAAGAGAAGCCUCCUGGAGAUCUCCCCCCGUCCCUUGAAGAGAAGAAGCCUCAAGAAAAACCUCGUAAUACCGCGGAGGAGGAUCCCUCGGAGAAGCUCGCCAGCUUGAAAUCUCUUAAUGCUCUUCUCCUAAAAGAGACUGUCGAGCGCAGGCAACAGGUCGACUCUCUUCUUCAGUCCAAGGAGGCCCUUGAGUCGGAGAUAUCUCGCUCGGCUGCCCAGAAACAGACAUUGAUGGCCGAGAAGGAACUCUUUGAAGAUGAGAUGAUAGCUGCCGAGAUCGAGCAGCGCCUUACUCUGGUUUUCGUCUCUUCUCAACUCCACCAACAAACGGAGCGGCUUAAGAACCGGAUUCGGAGAGAGGAUGAAAAAGUGAGCGCCGAGAGUGCUGCUCUCAAAGCUAAGAUGGAAGAAAAUGUCAGAGAUGAGGAGAGACGGAGAGAAGCUGUGGAGAUGAAGUUGACACGACAGCAGAGAGAUCUGGAUCAGCUCAGUGACGAUUUUUACAGGUAUAGGGAAGGAGCUAGUAAGGAUAUCGAUUUGAAACAAAAGGAAGUGGAUCAGUUGAGGUCGAUCGUGGAAGACCUUGAGAAGAGCAAUGAAGAGGCUCGUGACGACAUUCGACGGAUACAAGUAGAGCGCGAUGGUGUCCUGGGAGAGAAGGAAGAAAUGGUGAGAACACUUGGAGAACUAAAGAAAGCGAUUACUGAUGUUGUUAGGGAGAGGGAUCAGAUUGAACGGGCCAGGAUUGAUGGAGACCGUGAGAUUGACUCAUUGAAGAAAUCUGUAGAGGCUCUCACUGCAGAUCUUGGUCGUGAGAGAGAUGCUUCUGAUCGUGUCCUUCUUGAGAAAGAUAUGAUUCAGAAGGAUCUUGAUAUCCAGACACUGCAGGUAGAAGGUCUGAGGUCGGAACUCCUUCAGCUGGAGAAGAACUAUGYAGAGACUCAAAACGAGCUCCGGCAAUUACAGACAGAGCGCCAAGGACUACUGGAAGAAAAGGAGGAAAGAGAAAGGGACCUUGGAUGCUUGCUAAGUGACAAGGACUCUUUACAGAGAAGGCUAGAGGAGUCAUCACGGUUAGUUGAAGAUACGGAGAGGGAGAUCAGAGGACUUGUUGCUGAGAAGGAACAGAUUGAACUGGAGAGGACUAAUCAGGCAGCUACAAUAACCGAAUUGCAGAAAGAAGUAGGCGAGCUCAUUUCUACCAUAUCCAGCCUAAGAAAGCAGGAAGAGAGUCUGCAACUGGAAGUUUCUGAGAUGGGGAAAAGGAAUGCUGAUGCUUUGGAAAAGCAGGAGCACUUAAGAGAGGAGUUCAACGCAUUGGUGGAAGAAAAAAGGGAGGCAGAAACAAGUAUUGAGCAGUUAAUGGAGGAAAAAUCUUCAACAAUGAGAAGUUUGGAGGAGUCCUUGCAGCAAUUAGAGGAGCAGAGGAGAAAGAUGCUUGAGAUUGUUAAAGAGAAGGCUGACAUAGAGCAGGUGAAGAUUAAGCAGGAAAUUGAGAUUGCUGAACUGCACAAAGAGGCGGGUGAGCUUAGGGCCACUACAUCCGAACUACAAAGGUCAUGUGACGACCACACAGAAAAAAAUAACCAACUCCAGCACAAGGUUAUCAGUCAGAGAGAUGCUUUGGAGCAUAUUACUGUUGAGAGGGAUGAUGCUAUGAAGGAGCUUGAGCAAGAGAGAAAUGUGGCAUCAAGCUUGAGGAUUGAAAUUGUGGGAUUAGAGAAGAACUUGAAGGAUACCCAAGGAGAGCUCAUGCAGAUAAGCAUGGAAAGGGAUAGCCUGAUUGUGGAAAAGAAAGAAAAGGAAAACCACAUUGAACUGCUGAUGGAGGACAAAGCAUUCAUGGAAAGAACAGUGGCAGAAGCUCAACAAGGUCUGAAGGAAUCGCGCAUGAAGGUGAAAUCUGCAGAUGGGUUUUGUGGGAGAACCUUAUCCAUGUUAAAGGACACUGCAACCAUGAUUUAUGGCUCCCAAGGUAAAGAGAUAGAUGGAAAAGAAUAUUUUAUUGGUAAUUCAGAGAGUAUAGAAGAGGAAAUUCUACCUUUUGUUACAGAGCUGGAAGCGAUCAAGAAGGCAUUCAGAAAUAGGGAGGAAAAGGCGGAGGACAUGAACCGGCAACUGGAAUUACUGCACAACUCUCUGACAGCACAGAAGAAGAGGAACUUCUGGGCAUGGCUAUCUUCUGCAACAGCAAUUUUUGCUGCAGUAUCCGUGGCCUUUGCUUCUAGUGGACGCUAACCGAUGCAUAUUUUUUCAGUUUCGUUUUUCCUUUAGUGGUUCUGUAGGCUGUAGCAACUUCUAGGAUCUAAAUUUUGUAGUUCACUGAACAGUGAAAACGUUGCAGUAUCAAGUUUAACUCUUCCAACUAAGAAGAGCAUGUUUUGUUUUUCUUUUUCCUUCUAGUAACGAAUAAAUGAUGGCCAGUUCACAUAUUGGCUCUGAUCGCUUACCACAGUCGAUUCAGAUGAUUUGUUCUA